UAAUUUUAACCAUCAAUUUAAUGAUAAUGAUGAAGAUGGUUUCAACACAACAACAUCCUAAUCUUCAUCAUCGUCAAAAUCAUCAUUAUCGACAAGAAUGGGAUGUUAAAGAAUGGUGGAAUGAAAAUAUUUUGGAAGAUUUAUCCAUUUAUAAUAAAUCGAAUCCAAAAUCAUUAUCAUUAUCAUCGAUUGGAAAAUUUGUACAAUUAACUAAUCAACCAAAAUCAUUGAUAAAAUUACCUGAACAUCGUAUGAAUUAUCAAAAAUCCAAUUUUGUUCAACUUGGUCGUCGUAAUGAUAAUUUGGAUUUGGAUCAAGCUGAAAGUAAUGAAGAAGAUAAUGUUGCCAUUAUGUCACCAACAACAAUGUCACCAUUCAAACAACAACAACAACCAACAAAUUCGAAAAGAAAUAGAUUUUCCGAACAAUCAAAACAAAAAUUUCUAAGAAAUUUUCAAAAAUUAAAUUCACGAAGAAAAUCCAAAUAUCGUCCAAAUACGAAAGCAAAAAUGAUUCGAUGGCAAAAUUCAAAUCGUUUUCAUUUCAAAACAAAAUCAUUAGUAUCCGAUCAACCAAUACGGCGGCCACCGAAAAAUCAAUCGCAUCGGCCAUCAUCAUCGAAGAAUCGUCAAUCACAUCGGCCAUCACCAUCGAAAAAUAAUCGAAGAUUUUUAUCCGAAACUUUUGUGCCAACCGCAUCAAAAAUAUCGAUAAAAUCAUUAUUUUAUGAUUAUUUUAAUCAAAUACGAACAAAUCUUUAUGAUAAACAAGUAUUUAAUAAUCUUAAAAAUAUUUUAUAUUUAAAAUUUUUAGAAUAUGGAUUGGAAACAGCUAUGCAACAAUUUUAUAGUCAGAAACGUUCGGAUAAUGGUCAUAAUCUGAUCGGUAUCUACCCAGGUAUUUAUCGUAAUACAACCGAACAACAUUUGGAUAGUAUCCUGGUAAUUGGUGCACAUUAUGAUACUGUUGCACGAUCACCUGGUGUUGAAGAUAAUGGUUCUGGUUGUGUUGUUGUUAUGGAAUUAGCUCGUCUGCUUCAACAACAUCGUUGUCGUUUAAAUACAACCAUAAUAUUUGUUUUAUUCGAUAUGGAAGAAGAUGGUUUGGUUGGAUCGAAAUUUUUUGUUAAAAAAUAUCUGUUACCAAUUACACAACAAAGUGAAAAUCCAUUACCAAUUAAAGGUGCAAUUAUUGUUGAUAUGUUAUUAGAAUAUGAUACAACUAGUGGAUCACAAUUAGAUUCUGGUGUCGGGGAUUCAUUACCAAAAUGGCUAGAACGUAUGCAACAAAAUGAAUUCCGAGCUGAUUUUGCUGCCGUUUGGUCAAGAGAAAAUAUUGAUUCAAAAUUAUUUCAAACAUUACAAUCAAAUUGGUUAAAUGAAGAUAAAUAUAAAUUGAUUGAAAUGGAUAUACCAUUACCAAAACUUGGUCAUGAAUUAACUGAAGGAUUCAAAUCACAUGUUCUAUUACCAUAUCAAACAUUUUUACGUUCCGAUCAUUCAUCAUUUUGGUAUCCAAAUUCAAUUGAUAAUCAUACUAUCAAUGCAAUUCUGUUAACCGAUUUAGGACCAUGGCGACGAAAAGUUUCACAUAAAUAUCAUAGCUCAAUGGAUAAUAGUAAAUUAUUAAGUCGUGCGAAUUUAUUAUUUUUAAAAAAUGGUAUCGAUUCGGUUAUGAAAACAAUAUUAGAUAUUGGUAAUGGUGUUUGUGAAGAAAAUCCUUGAUAUUAUUUAUCAAUCGAAUAUGAAUAUUGGGCCAAAAAAUUUAACAAAAUGAAUU